AUGGUUGUGAAAAAAAAGGGAUUAUAUGAAGAAAGAUCAAACAAUAAGAUGAGCCAAGAAUUUUCUUCUCUUCGAGUUGCUGUGCUUGAUUCACCGAUCGAACCCACCGGUAUUCCUUCAGUGGUGGCGAUGUUCGUUCCCGCGGGGCUUGAAACUGACUGGAUGUUUUCCACAGAAUCCGGACAUUAUCAGUUUCUAUUCAAUUUGCCUGGAAUUUUGUGUCCGAUUCUAGUCGGAGAUCAAGAAUCGGUGAAUGCUGAUAAUUCCGCUGUUUACAAUCGUUCGUUGAAGGAGGUUACCGCUUCGUUGUGGAGUAGACUCGUGGUGAGUUUGCAGCCACUUUUUCUUGCUUUAUUUCCAAAGUCAUGUUUCGAGAAUGCAAUUCUUGGUAUAUCGAUUCUCAGUUAUGUCGACAACGUGAUAUGUUGUGAAGUUUUAGAUAAAUGCAUCGGUUCUUCAAUUGGUGAAUUUCUGGUUGAGAAUGUGGAAAUCGAGAGAGAAUCGGGGAUAGGGAUGUCUGAAACUAGAGAAUUCAGGAGACGAUUACGAUACAAAACAAUGCCGAACUUGAUUCAAACAGAAAUUCGUAUAAUUCCUCAAGCUAAUCAAAAUCUAGAUAACAUCGAAAUUCAAAACAUUAAAUUCAAACAAGAUACUAAGAAUCUCGUUCAUCCUUACUUACCUGCAAUGGUGGCAAGCCUUUCAUUGAUUAAUUCCUCUAUUGACGAACAUAUUCAAAACGGUAAUAAAUCGAAAGCCCUAUGUUUUGGAAUUGGUGGUGGGGCUCUGCUUACAUUUCUUGCAACACAUUUGGAUUUUGAAGUAGAUAGAGUAGAAAUAGACAUGGAGGUUCUAAGAGUUUUAGAACAAUAUUUUGGAUUUGAUAUAAUUCAAAGUAGGACUAAUUUCUCAAAUCAAUUCUAUGCCAUUAGUGGCCAGGAGAUGUGGUAUUUAUCAAUAGUUUUGUGAGUUUGUUACAAGGUUAGUCAUGAGAGGGUUGUUACAAAACAGUUAAAUAGUUUAAUUGUUUUAACUACUAAGUAGUUUAGCUCUUUUAUUA